AUGGCGGUGAACGGUACCGGUAACGGAACCGGUGACGGCGAUUUCUCAUUGAAAGAGACAUCUCCCAAUAUCGGCAAUGGUGGUGUUAACGGCGGCGAGAAGCUGACGUCAUCGUUCGAUCUUGUGGAGGCGAUGCAUUUCCUCUACGCUAGAAUUGUCCGUGCUCGAGCCUUACCGGUCAACGACUCUUUCGUCGCAGUCAAAAUCGGAAGCUACAAAGGAAGAACAAAACAGAUCUUAAACUCAAACCCUAACCCUGAGUUUCACGAAACCUUCGCAUUCACGAAAACUCGUCUUCAAGGGGAUAUCUUAGAAGUGGUCGUGCGAAACAGAGAUAACCCAAACGAAGACGAUAUUGUCGGGAAAUGUAAGUUCGAUGUUGCGGAGAUUCCGACACGUGUUCCUCCUGAUAGUCCAUUGGCUCCUCAAUGGUAUAGAUUGGAAGAUAGAAACGGUGUCAAGAUCGGUGGAGAGAUUAUGGUAUCUGUUUGGAUUGGGACACAAGCUGAUGAAGUUUUCUCGGAGGCUUGGCAUUCGGAUUCGGCGAGUGUUACCGGAGAAAACGUGGUGAACACGCGAUCUAAAGUUUAUCUUUCACCGAGGCUUUGGUACUUGCGAGUUAAUGUAAUCGAAGCUCAGGAUUUGGUUCUGUUGCACCCGAACCGGAUCAAUCCAGAGAUUCUGAUUAAAGGGUUUCUUGGAAACGUUGUUGUGAGGAGUCGGAUUUCGCAGACGAAGAGUGUGAGUCCUGUGUGGAACGAGGAUAUGAUGUUUGUAGCGGUUGAGCCGUUUGAUGACAGUUUGAUACUUAGCGUGGAAGAUAAGGUAGGGCCGAGAGAAGAGUGUUUAGGAAGGUGUGAGAUAAAGUUAUCUCAGGUUGAGAGAAGGGUGCUUCCUGGUCCGGUGCCGUCAUUGUGGUACAACGUUGAACACAUUGGUGAGACCGGAGAAGGGAGGAGAUUUGCUGGGAGGAUUCAUUUGCGGGUUUCUUUAGACGGAGGUUAUCACGUUCUUGAUGAGUCGAUUCAGUAUAGCAGCGAUUACAGAGCUUCAGCUAAGCUUCUAUGGACUCCACCUAUUGGUGUGUUGGAGCUAGGAGUUUUAAAUGCUACGGGUUUAAUGCCGAUGAAGUCAAGAGGUGGCCGAGGAACUACCGAUGCGUAUUGUGUGGCGAAAUACGGAACAAAAUGGGUGAGAACGAGGACCAUUGUGGACACUUUCGAUCCAAAGUGGAAUGAGCAGUAUACUUGGGAAGUCUAUGAUCCUUACACGGUGAUAACAAUCGGUGUCUUCGAUAAUCUGAAAUUGUUUGGUGCGGGUAACGAAAACCGUUUGAUCAACGAUUCAAGGAUUGGGAAGAUCAGGAUACGUUUAUCGACCCUUGUAACCUCGAAGAUCUACACACAUUCUUAUCCUUUAAUGGUUUUAAAACCAGACGGGGUUAAAAAAAUGGGUGAGAUUCAGCUCGCGGUUAGGUUCACCGCGACAUCUAUGAUGGAUAUGCUUCAGAAGUACACAGAGCCGUUGCUUCCAGAAAUGCAUUACAUAUCUCCAUUGUCUAUAUACCAAUUAGACAGUCUUAGGCACCAAGCGACCCACAUUCUCUGCAUCAACUUAGGGCGCAACGAGCCAGCACUUGGAAGAGAUGUUGUAGAGUAUAUGCUCGAUGUGGGAUCAAACAUUUGGAGUCUACGAAGAGGAAGAGCGAAUUUCGAACGUCUUGUCUCGUUUUUCGAUGGCUGGAUCGAUGCUUGGAAAUGGUUUGAUGAGAUUUGCAAAUGGAAAAGUCCCGUGACGUCGGUUUUAGUCCAUAUUGUCUGCUUGUUCGUUGUUUUUCUCCCUAAGUACUGUGUUUUCUCGAUGCUACUGUACUGCUUCGUGUUUGGGUUAUACAGGUUCGGUUUGAGACCGAGACAUCCUCCACAUAUGGAUAUAAAGCUGUCUAAAGCUGAUUCAGCUUUGCCCGAUGAGCUAGACGAGGAGUUUGAUGUGUUUCCAAGCUCGAAAUCCGGUGAUGUACUGAAAAGAAGGUAUGAUAGGUUGCGUGGGAUCGCAGGGAGGAUGAUGAUUGUGUUGGGAGAUUUGGCUACACAAGGAGAAAGAGUGAAAAGUUUGUUGAGUUGGAGAGAUCCAAGAGCAACGUCUCUGUUCUUGACGUUCUGUUUUGUUAGCUGUGGAGUGAUUUGUUUCGUCUCCAUGAAGUUACUGCUCACAUUUCUUGCGUUCUACGUCAUGAGACAUCCUAGGGUUAGAGUUUUCGAUAUACCUUCUAUUCCUCAGAAUUUCUUCAGGAGAUUACCAUCAAGAGCUGAUAGCAUCUUGUGA